AUGUCUUCCAAGACAUCUCCAUCGGAGACCUUAGGCAGUAGUCCGUCAGGCCAGACCCCCGGCUCCACCCCCACUGGGAAUGGUUCAACCCCUCCGGAUGCCGAUGUCGAACUCACGAGUAUACGGCCCGAUGCGCCCAGGCCUUCAAUUCCUAUAGGGGAGGAUAUCAUGCAGUUGGCUCGGAUUGGAGAGAUUGGCGCUAUGCAGAAUCUCUUUGCGACUAAGAAUCUGACCGCAAAUCAUACCGAUGCAGAGGGCAUUACACCACUACACUGGGCGGCGAUCAAUAACCAAUAUGCGAUGUGCAAGUUCCUCAUGGACUCCGGUGCCGAUGUGAAUGCCAAGGGUGGAGAGUCGGUUGCCACACCUGCCAUGUGGGCAGCGCAACGGUGUCAUUAUUAUAUUGUCAACCUGCUCCUUUCAUAUGGUGCGGAUCCUCUCUUGACCGACGUUCAAGGCUACAACAUUCUUCAUCUCGCGACCAUUGACGGCAAUGCUUUCCUCGUCCUACUCCUCCUUCACCAAGAGAUCCCCGUGGAUGUCGUUGAUCAGCAAGGUCAUACCGGGUUGAUGUGGGCGGCAUACAAGGGAUAUCCGGCCUGUGUGGAUCUGUUCCUGCGAUGGGGUGCCAACGCGAAUGCGGUGGACGAAGGCGGGUUGACCCCGCUUCACUGGGCGUUGGUGAAGGGCUCCUUGCCCUCUGUGUUGAAACUAUUGGAAUAUGGUGCAGAUCGGUUCGCAAAGACCAGCGAUGGCAAGUCACCCAUGACGGUAGCACAAGAAAUGAACACACUGCGGAUCUGGAACCGCGCUCUGGCCGAGCGAGGGUAUGAACCAGAUGGCACCCAGAAACCGGUCCCAAUGGGCCUAGCCACAUUCGUCCGGAACAAGAGCCUCAUGGCCAAGUUCUUCUUCCUCUGGCCGUUCCUGACUCUCCUUGUUGCCAUCUGGAUGUUGAGUAACCUACCGAUUCUCCUUGGUUUACCACUCACCCUAGUCACUCUAUUUGGCAUGCAAUGGACUGCACAGCAAAUUGCCAACCGCGGACCCGCUGAGUAUCGUAUCCUGCAAAAGACGCCGUAUCUGGCAGGUGUCUUUGCCGCAACUUUGUUCUGGGUGGGCUUCCGUUAUAUCUUCCAAAUUCUACCUGCCACUUACUCGUCGUAUCCCAUCUUGAACAUCGUGUUUGCAGUUUUUUACUGUUUAACGGCCUUUUUCUACACCAUGGCCAUGAUCGGAGAUCCGGGCUACGUUCCGAAGAUCAGCAGCCGGAACCAGCAGCGAGAAAUGGUGAAGCAGCUGUUUGAGUUGUGGAAGUUCGACGAGGAGAAUUUUUGUGUUCCCUGCAUGUCAAGAAAGCCACUCCGAAGCAAGCAUUGUCGACGAUGCGGCCGUUGUGUUGCUAAGCAUGACCACCACUGCCCAUGGAUUGACAACUGCGUUGGAGCGAAUAACCUCCGUCACUUUGUUUUAUACAUUGUCUGUCUCGAAAUUGGCAUCAUCCUAUUUGUGCAGCUUACCAUCGGUUACAUCACCGAUCUGCCCUCUCCCGUAGGCGCCAAGUGCAGCAUCAUUAAUGACCAGCUAUGCGAUUACGUAUCUCGAGACACGUUCACCCUGGUUCUCAGUAUAUGGACCAUUCUUCAGUUGGUGUGGGUUACGAUGCUGUGCGCUGUACAGCUUGUCCAAGUGUCGCGCAACCAGACGACGUAUGAGAACAUGAGAGGCCACUCCAUCGACCGAUCCCUUCCCAGUUCCCAGGCAUUUGCGUCAGCCAUGACAGCUGGGACAACGUCGAUGGAUGCGGCGGGACUCUCUGCCGCCGGACAAGGCCCUAAUCCAGCCUUGGCACACUCCCACGGACCCCGGCGAAAGACUGGCUGCCUCACACAAUGGUCGGCUCUUCUGGGUAUUGACACCUUCUUUGCCACGGCCAAGGAUGGUCUUCGGGAUGGACCACAUGCGGGACGGUCUCGGAAUCCUUUCUCUCGUGGUAUAACCACCAAUUGCCGUGACUUUUGGUGUGACCCUGCCCCGAUCUUUGGCAAACGGGAGACUGGUGCUGCGAUGCUGGGAGGUGAAAUCAUCAACUAUCACGACAUGUACGAAACCCCGCUUCGCAUGCGUGCCGGUCGAUCCGGUGACGGCUACCGCAGUGUGGCAGACGAAGACCCUGAGCGCAUGGUUUAA